CCGUACUGCCUGCCCACUCUUUCUACUCUCUCUCCCUCUCUCGCAUUCCCAUCGAUUUCACAUUUCGUUCUCGGCAGCGAACGGCGCCUAUGGGUUGCGCUCAGUCGAGGAUUGAGAACGAGGAAGCGGUGUCGCGAUGCAAAGAUCGGCGUCAGUUCAUGAAAGACGCGGUUGCUGCCCGCAACGCGUUCGCUGCCGCUCACUCAGCCUACGUCGUCGCCCUGAAGAACACCGGUGCCGCUCUCUCCGACUUCGGCCAGGGCGAAGCUCCGGAAACUGUCGUCUCCGCCACAUCUGUCGCCGGCAUUGGUCCUUCUCCCUCUUCUGGCGUUCCCCAAGCUUCUUCCACUACCGGAGUCCCGCCACCAUUGGAGAAUCUCCCUCCUCCUCCUCCACCGCUCCCGGAAUUCUCCCCGUCGCCUCUACAGCGGUCCGUUAGCAUGCCGGUACUCCCCAAGGAGUACGUCGGGAAAUCUACAAUGGAUGAUGCCAUUCGCGAGGAGGACGACGAUGAAAUAGAUGAGGACUUCCAUGAAGAUCAUGGCGGAAAUGGCAGCGGUGGAGCCGCUCCGGAAGGCGCAACCCCUGUACCCACAUCCCCUGUACCAUCGCCGCCGCCUCCGCGGCCCUCAAGGGCGAAUCCCUCGCCUUCGCCUCCCCCGCCUCCAAUGCCGGAUUCUGGCGGAAUGGGGAGCUGGGACUACUUCUUCUCCAUGGACCAUAAUAUGUCGAUGCCGGGGCCGUCUCUGAGUCAAGCUGAGGAGAUUCGACGGGAGCCUGAGGAAGCCUCAGUCGGAGUUGAUCUUGGUGAAGAGCCUCCUGUAACGCCGGAAAAGGUUGUGAUUGAGCCGCCCGUUCCAGUUAAGUUGGGGAAGAAGAAACAUGGUGGAGUGGUGCAUCACCAGCACGCAGCGUCGACCAGCGCUGUGGAGACGAAGAAGGGGAAGUUGGUGGCGGCGGCUUCUAAUGUUAGUCUACUCCAGGUGCUGAUGGAUCUGGAUGAACAUUUUCUUAGGGCAUCUGAAAGCGCACACGAUGUAUCAAAGAUGCUGGAGGCUACUAGAAUGCAUUACCACUCUAAUUUCGCAGAUAACAGAGGACAUAUCGAUCAUUCUGCCAGAGUAAUGCGGGUCAUCACAUGGAAUAGGUCAUUUAAAGGCAUGCCUUAUGCAAAUGAUGGGAGAGAUGACUUUGAUAAUGAUGAGUGGGAAACUCAUGCUACUGUAUUGGAUAAGAUGCUAGCAUGGGAAAAGAAACUUUAUGAUGAAGUCAAGGCUGGCGAGCUUAUGAAAAUUGAGUAUCAGAGAAAGGUUUCUUUGUUGAAUAAGCAAAAGAAACGUGGUGCUAAUCCCGAAACAAUUGAGAAAACUAAGGCAGCUGUCAGUCAUUUGCACACCAGAUACAUUGUUGAUAUGCAGUCCAUGGAUUCAACGGUCUCAGAAAUUCAACAUUUACGUGACGAUCAGCUUUACCCAAGACUAGUUGACCUUGUCGAUGGCAUGGGGAAAAUGUGGGAGGCCAUGUUCUUCCAUCAUGACAGCCAGCUCAAAGCUGUUAUCGACCUUCGAGUAAUCGAUAUCUCGAACUCUCCCAAGGAGACCAGUGAGCACCUUUACGGACGUACUGUCCAGCUUUAUGAGGUUGCAAAAGAGUGGCAAUCCCAGUUUCAGAAGAUUGUGAGCCACCAGAAAGAGUACAUCCAAGCCCUGAAUAGUUGGCUGAAGCUGAAUCUCAUACCAAUAGAGAGCAGCCUUAAGGAGAAAGUCUCAUCCCCGCCGCGGAUUCAUCACCCUCCAAUCCAGGCCUUGCUUUAUGCAUGGAAUGACAUGCUGGAAAAACUACCAGAUGAUCUAGCCAAGAGCGCCAUUUCAAGCUUUUCUGCUGUGAUAAACACUAUAAUACUUAUGCAACAGGAAGAACUUAAAUUGAAAGAUAAAUGCGAGGAGACGCAGAGAGAGUACGCGAGAAAGCUCCGAGCUUUCGAGGAUUGGCACCACAAGUAUAGUCAGAGAAGAGCAGCAGCUUCAGCCGAGGGCGAGAUAGAGAACACCGAGAUGGCUAAUACAAAGGACCCUGUGACAGAGAGGAAGUUUUUGGUAGAUUCAUUGAAGACUAAGUUGGAUGAUGAUGUUGAAGCAUAUCAGAAGGCAUGCAAACAAGUAAGAGAGAAGACUCUUGGAAGCUUGAAGACUCAUUUGCCGGAGCUUUUCAGGGCGAUGUCUGAUUUCUCCAUGACCUCCUCUGAUAUGUAUAAGAAGUUGAAAGCGAUUUCUGAGGUGCAGAAUCUGGAGCCUACCAGCUAGCUGAAUGGUAUGCAGAGGAAGACGAAAUUCUUGUGCCUGUUGUAUGUAGUUGUUGAAUGUUUUUUCUUCGUAAGUUAUAUACUCUUUCUCUGUUCCAAAUAUGUAUUAUGUAGAACCAGAACAUAUCCAUCCUUGU